ACAUGGCGACAGGCUCGAACAACAGCUCCGACACUUGCAGUAUUUGUACUGAAAAGUUUAAUCAUCCAAAACGUUUGCCAUGUUUCCACACGUUCUGUCUGGAAUGUCUACAGCAGUUUGUGUUAUCAUCGUCCAAGGACGGUCAGUUCCUAUGUCCUCUGUGUCGAUAUCAAGUGACCUUACCCGAGGAGGGAGUGACGGGCUUUCAGACUAACUUCUAUAUUGAGGCCAGGGCGGAGAAGCAAGUCCACAGUGGGGGUGAGUGUUGUGGGGUGUGUGAACAACGUGCGACUCACUCGUGUCGUGAGUGUGAAAUACUGCUGUGUGAUACGUGCACAAAAUAUCACCAAUCUCUCCCUGCUACGAGAUCCCACCUGUUAGUAAAUCUGGGUGAUGCCUGUACAGGGGAAACAUUUUUGUCUGUGCAGAAGUAUUGUGAAAAACACAGGGAUGAAAAGCUGAGAUUUUACUGUAUGCCCUGUAGUAAAGUGAUUUGUCGAGACUGUAAACUAACAGACCAUGACAGUCAUAAGACCAAAGAUAUCGCCGAUGUUGUCGAAGAAGCCAGAACCAGCUUGACCAAAACGAAAGUAGAACUAGAAGCGUGUAAAGCAAAACUAGAAAAAUCUAUUGGCCAAAUAAAUGACAACAAUACUGAAACGUCUAAACUUAUUAGCCAUGUUAAAGAAGAAAUAAACAAACUUGCUCACUCACUGGUAGACAUGAUAAACAAGGCACGUCGUGAAGAGAUAGACAGUGACAGCCAUAGAGCAAACACACGGAAAGAAAUGUUCAGAUGAACAGUAUAGAUUAACACAAAGAAAAUGUUUUCUACAGAGUCAGAUUGAUCACACGGACGCCAUGUUGAAAGAUGGACUUGACUGUGACGUGUUGACAGCUGACAGCGAGAUGAAACAACGACUAGCAGAGAUAGAAAAAGAACAACAGUCUGACUCAGAUUGUGAUUCUAAAUCUUUGAAGAUUUCUGACAUUCCGCCAAUAAGUCCAGGUGUGCUGGAUGUUGUCAGACAUGCUGUCUGCAACGUCACGAGACAUGCGUUCCCAGUUUCACGUAAAACUAUAUCACCAACAGUGUUGAAAUCAUUUUUUGUUACUCAAUCAUAUGAGCCCUUGUAUUCAAUUACUUUCACGAACAAACAAAAUGCACUUAUUUCAUAUUAUAAAAAAGGUAGUAGUUUUCUUGGUCUUUUUGAAAAC